GGCCAUGCUGAGCCUUGUGUGUUGUCCCUGGCACUGGGGCUGUGGGGGACAACUCCAUGGGCCUCUGGAGUUGGCUGGGUCCUCAGUAACUCGAGAGCUUGUCAUCCAGAUACCAGAUGCCACCAGUGCUGGCAGGGAAGCCUCGGGUGGUGCCCCAGGUCUGAGCCCUUGGGCCUGCAGGGCCAGCUGACCCACGGGCCUGUGCCCGUACGAUGAUGCCUCGCAGGCUGGGAAACCUGCUUGGGUGUCAGACUGAGGCCCUCAUGCAAAAGGUUUCCGCCACCGCCGAGUCCUGCCUCACGUCAGGUUGGGGCUGCAGCCAGUACAGCAAGACUCAGCUUUUAUAUUCUCUGUGUGGGUGUUAGAUAUGUUCUGGGGGACUGGCCUGACAAGGUGUGCAGCCACCUUCUGGAGUCUCAGGUGGGUGGCAGGAGGGCUGGUGGGGCAGCAGGGACACCUGUGCAGGAGCUUCUGGCCUGACCAGGCCACGCAGGUGGUCAGGUCGUUCCUGCCGGCUCCCUGCUCUGCAGCCCGAGGGCAGUGUGGCCUGUUGGCACCUCUGCCCAUGGGGCACCUCCUCUGGGAAGAGACAGCCUCAGCGGUGCCCGGGACGUUGCAGUUGCAGCCUCAUCCCUGACUUCUCUCCCUCCAUUUUGGCCCUUCAGACGAGGCCCAGUGUGAUGCUGCAUAAGACAGACCUGGCCCUGACCCUUCCUGCUGCUGUCAGAUGAGGCCCUGGGCCUUGGUGCUGGCACCUGGAGGAAGGGACUGUGCAUUGUUCCCACCCCUCAUGGGGCAUUCUUAAGGCAAAAACAAGCUCACUCGGGUGUAAGGGCCGGGCAGGGGCCUCUCACAGAUGUGGUCCAGCCGCUCCCUCUAACUCGGCCCUGCACAGUGCCCCGCCACUCCCAUGCCCUCCUGCCUGAGGUGUCCUCUCCCUGCCCCUGCCCACCUCUUGGGCCCGGCAGAGGCAGCGCCCCCACUUUGAGACUUUGUUCUCUCCUUGCUACAAGGAUCCCCUCCUGCCCCAUCUGACCAGGGUGUGUCCACUCUGUUCUGUGGGUGGGUUGGUGUGUGCCGUGGCCCUCCCGCCUGUAGCGCCCAUGUCUCUAUGCCACAUGUUGACAGUCCAUUGAUAACAGCCCAGGAAGCAGAGGUGGCUCCUCUCUGCCCAAGCCCCACACCCCCAACCAGCCCAACAGUGUGCAGUCCUGUGGGGGUGGAGUCACCAUCCACAUGUCCAAGGAGCUUCGGGCCCCUCUUCCCCAGUCUCCUGGGCAGCAGUACAGGACUGCAGCUGACUCGCUCUUUGAGUGUACUAAUGGUCACUUGAUGUGCGCUGGCUGUUUUAUCCACCUACUAGCAGAUGCCCGGCUGAAGGAGGAGCAGGCCACGUGCCCCAAUUGUCGUUGUGAGAUCAGUAAGAGCCUCUGCUGCCGGAACCUGGCCGUGGAGAAAGCCGUGAGCGAGCUGCCUUCAGAGUGUGGCUUCUGCCUGCGCCAGUUUCCCCGCUCCCUCCUGGAGAGGCACCAGAAAGAGGAAUGCCAGGACAGGGUAACCCAGUGCAAGUACAAACGCAUCGGCUGCCCAUGGCACGGCCCCUUCCAUGAGCUGACGGUGCACGAGGCUGCGUGCGCCCACCCGACCAAGACAGGCAGUGAGCUGAUGGAGAUCCUGGAUGGGAUGGACCAGAGCCACCGCAAGGAGAUGCAGCUGUACAACAGCAUCUUCAGCCUGCUCAGCUUUGAGAAGAUUGGCUACACAGAGGUCCAGUUCCGGCCGUACCGCACAGACGACUUCAUCACGCGCCUGUACUAUGAGACGCCCAGGUUCACAGUGCUGAACCAGACGUGGGUCCUGAAGGCUCGAGUCAACGACUCGGAGCGUAACCCCAACCUGUCCUGCAAGCGUACGCUCUCCUUCCAGCUCCUCCUCAAGAGCAAGGUCACGGCACCGCUGGAGUGCUCCUUCCUGCUGCUCAAGGGCCCCUACGACGACGUGAGGAUCAGCCCCGUCAUCUACCACUUUGUCUUCACCAACGAGAGCAACGAGACGGACUACGUGCCACUGCCCAUCAUUGACUCCGUGGAGUGCAACAAGCUGCUGGCCGCCAAGAACAUCAACCUGCGGCUCUUCCUGUUCCAGAUACAGAAGUAGGGCGGGGCCUCAGGAUGCCCGAGGAGCCCACGGGCGGCAUCCCAGCACCGCUGCCCUGUCCACCUGGCUGGCAGCUGCUUCACAGGACUAUCUGAUCACUUUAGCAAAGGAGGAGAACAAAUGAAGCCAAUACAGGGCAAGUCUGCAUGCGUGCGCGACGGGGCCCCCGCCUCCGGCUCACCCCCCCCCGACCCCUGCCUCCCCUCCUUCCGAGGGCCGCCAGAGGCUGGGCUGACCCGAAGAGGAGACGGUGCACCAGGUGCCCCGAGGCUCAGAGACGGUGGCAGCAAGGAGGCCGAGAGGCACAGCGACCCUGCCCCAGCCCUUCUGUGCAGUCAGGCGGCGGUGCUGCUCCUCCAUCCCUGCGGGUUCCGGCCGGGCGCGGGGGCCUUGCUGACAUCAGAUGGGAUAUCCGAAUAUCUGAUAGCAAUUAAAAGGCAGCCUUGUUUCGUA